AUGUAUGAUUCCCUUGCACCUGGGAGUGCUUUGGGGGUGGCAGAGCGUAUCCGCGCAACCCUUUCCGUUCGCAUAGCUGAGCGGCAGCCAGCACAAACCCACACUUCGCCGACAAGCCCUGCCAACCAGAGACCUUUCCAUUCCCCUGAUGCAACUUCCUCUACUCCGAAGCAGGCUGAGGUUCAAGUUGAGUCAGAUGCCGAGCCCAAGCCAGACACAGCCAGUGUGUUGAAAAAACCAGCAUCACGACGUGCACGAGGGCGUGGCCGUGGCCGUGGUCGCUCGCGUGGGAGUGAUGCGGGGGGGGCCAAACCAAAGGCAGGUGAAGAUGCGCAGGAAGAGGAAAACGACGAUGACAAGGAGCAGGGAGAAAAUGAGGAUGAAGGCGAGACAGAACCACAGGAGGUCCCAGCAAUGAAAAGGCCAGCAAGCAAAGCAGACCUCAAGACCAGCAGCCUCAAACGCCCUGCUUCCAGUUUGCAGCGCAAGAACAGCAAGGUUGCCAAGACCGCUGAAACACCUGGGUCACCUGAGGAGGAGAUCCCAGCCCCAAAGGCAAGCAGCAGAGCACCUGCCACCAUCGUGUCCGAGCGCAAAACGAAAAAUGGUUGGAAGGUGGUGCUGAAAAACAAGAAUACUUCGGGCAAACCCUUCUCCCUCUACAUCAGCCCGGAUGGCUCCAAGUACUACACCAAAACGAAGGAUGGUGUGAAAGAUUACAGCAACUUGACCAAAGAGCAGAAGCUGGACUUCCUGUCAAGGCUGAUUUCAGAAACAUCCGCGCUGCCGAAGAUGGGGACUGUUCCAGGUGCUGUUGCUGGCUUGGAGAGUGAUGAUGAGGUGGUUCAGCCACUGCAGCUGACAGCUCAAGACAUCUUGGCGGGCAGGAAUUGUGCUGAGACCAAUCAGCUGCUGCAGCUGUUGGCAUGUCGGGCUCUAGGCCUUGGGGAGGCCGCGCAGUGGAUUGGACGCUGGCGUUUGCAGUACCAAGUCUCUGGUGGAGAUUGGCAGUUCUAUGAUGGCGACUUUGAAGGCAAUAGCUUUGAAGACAAGGUGCACAUCAUUCAACUUCCAAAACCUCUUCGCGCUGAUAAACUCCGGAUUUACCCGGAGGAAUGGCACACGCGACCAGCAUUGCGCUUGGAGGUCUUUGUUGGUAGCUCAGCCGGCAGCGCGACUGGGCGCCAUGAUGCCCAUACACUGCGGAGCAGUCGGUAUCAGCUGAGUUGCUCGGAUUGUCAAAGCUGGAGCACCAAGGAGGUCUUGAACCGGGCCAGCGAGGCACAAAGGAAGCACUGGGACGACAGCUCUUUGGGAUACACGGAGACGUUAGGUCAUCCGCUGCUGCUGCAAGCCAUCUGGGACAGAUACCUCCCAGUGGUGCAACGGGAAGAGACGCGCCGAGGGGGCGGUGAAUUGCCGAGGGAAGUGGGGAAGCAAAAUGCGGUGAAGAUCACGACGUGUGUACCUGUGGAGGGCAUCUACAUCGCUAUGACGCAAUUGCUGCAGCAAGGUGAUGUUGUGAUCGCCAUGGAGCCAGCCUACCAGGCAUUGACUGAGAUUGCUCGGAGCCGAACGUGCGAAAUCGUCUCAUGGAAACCGCAUUACGAUGUGGAGAACUUUUGGAACUUCCGUUUGGAGGAUCUGCAAUUCCUUUUGAAACAGUGCUUGGAACGGGGCCAGCACCUAAAGAUGCUGAUCAUCAACUCCCCGCACAAUCCUACAGGAGUGUCCUUCACUCAGGCGGAGCUGGACCAGAUCUUUGAAUUGCUGGAAGAGUUUGAAGAGAUGCCCAUCCUGUUUUCAGAUGAGAUGUACACAGCCAUCCUGGGCGAGGGUGCCGCUCCAAGCAACGCGGGGCGGCGCAAUUCCAUCGUCUUGUCGGGCCUCUCCAAGCCCUGGGGCAUGCCGGGCUUGCGCAUGGGUUGGCUCAUCAUGGAGAACGGUGAGCAUUUCGAGAAGGUGGUGACGUUGCGCGACUACACCACCAUGUGUUUGCCUCAUCACAGUGAGAUACUCUCCAUCAUUGCUCUGCAGGAAGCCGAAGCUUUCUUGAAACGCAAUCGACAGAUUUGCGACGAGAACUACCGCCUUCUGCAGGAGUUUUUGCUGCGCAUGUCAGACUGGUUCUACCCUUUGGUGCAAGAGAACCAGGCUGUCCAGGCCAAGUCGCCCUUCGCCUUUCGCGCCUCGACGGUCUUCCCACGUUUGAAGCAUCCACUGGGUGGCCUGGGCUCGGGCGCGCUGGAGUCGCUGGAGUCACCUUCGGCCUUGGCGGAGCACUUGGCGUCUGAGUAUAGCAUUUGCAUGAUCGUCAGCGAGAAAUUUGAGUUCGACUGCCCGGCUGUGCGCUUUGGCAUUGGCAUGUCCAGCUUUCCCAAAUCUCUGCAGAUGUUGGAAGAAGCCUUGAAAGACAUCCGCAGCAAGGCAGAGAUGAGCGGAUAG